CAUCGUAUUCGCAGCUGUUCUGUCAGUUUGCUUCAAGCAGUCUCGGUGAGAGUGUCGUGAAAAAGUUGAUUAAACAACCCCUAAAUCACUUUGAAUUGAAUCUGCGACAAUGUCUUGGUGAUUCGUGUGAAAAAUGUUGUACAUUUUGCCGCCCCCGAGGACCCCGAAUCCGCCGUCCCCAUGGGAGAGCAUCUUGUACUCUGGCGGCGGCAACGCCAACGGAAACACUUCGUGGAAGCCCCCGAGAGUGCGUCUUAGGCCCAAAGAGGGAUCCACCGGACCGCAAGAUGACAACAUGGACACGAACCGGAACCCGAAAAGCCUCAGCGAGUGUUACUUCGCGGGCAAGGGUACAGCCUUGGUACUGCCGGCCGCGGAGGCGCAAAAAUCCAACAGACGGACAGACGCCCAAGGCAGCAACAUCAGGAAGCAUCUCCAGUCGAUCGUCGAUCUUUUGCGAGCCGAGGAAACGCUCAAGAUGGCCGUCAAGUUGGAAAGCGUCCAUGCGACUCGAGUACGCUACCUGGUGAUCGUCUCCAGAAUGGGCAAACGCGGCGAAGAGUCGUGUCUCUUAGGCAUUGAUUGUAAUGAAAAAACCACAGUGGGGUUGGUGUUGAAAGUUAUGGCAGAUACGACCAUACGAUUGGACGGCGACGGGGGUUUCAGCGUGAGCGUCUGCGGCCGCCACCACAUCUUCAAGCCGGUGUCCGUCCAGGCGAUGUGGUCGGCCCUCCAAACCUUACACAAGGUCAGUUCGAAAGCCCGCGAACAAAAUUACUUCCAAGGUGGUCUGACCCAUGACUGGGUCGAUUAUUAUGAAAAAAGGAUCGAAUCGGAUAGGUCUUGUCUCAACGAAUGGCAUGCAAUGGAUAAUCUCGAGUCCAAAAGACCGCCAUCGCCCGAUUCAAUAAGGACUAAGCCAAGGGAACGCGAAGAAACUGAAAGGGUUAUAAGGACGACUUUGAAGGAAAUCAUGAUGUCUGUAGAUUUGGACGAAGUUACGAGUAAAUAUAUAAGGACGAGGUUGGAGGAGGAUCUCGAUAUGGACUUGGGAGAGUACAAGAGUUUCAUCGAUCAAGAAAUGUUGACAAUUUUGGGUCAGAUGGACGCACCAACGGAGAUUUUCGAUCACGUUUACUUAGGUUCAGAAUGGAACGCUUCAAAUUACGAAGAGUUACAAAGGAAUGGCGUUGGCCAUAUAUUGAACGUGACACGAGAAAUCGACAAUUUCUUUCCCGGCACCUUCAAUUAUUUCAACGUCCGUGUUUGUGACGACGAAAAAACCGAUCUUUUGAAAUAUUGGGACGACACAUUCAAAUACAUCACAAGCGCGAAACAGAACGGUUCGAAAGUUCUCGUCCAUUGCAAAAUGGGCGUGAGUCGAUCGGCAUCGGUCGUAAUCGCGUACGCCAUGAAAGCGUACAAUUGGGACUUCCAAACGGCGAUGCAUCACGUCAAAGAGAAAAGAACGUGCAUAAAGCCGAACACGAGUUUCUUGUCGCAAUUGGAGACCUAUCAGGGCAUCUUGGACGCGAUGAAAAACAAGGAAAAAUUACAGAGAUCCAAGUCUGAAACAAACUUGAAAUCGCCGGAUAAUAAACCGGACAAAAUUCUUCCAGGCAGCGAGCCGACUCCUAUAAUUCAAGCUUUGCCGAGAUACGUUGCUCUCUCCGGACAAGACUUGAGGAGUUUAGGCACGAGGCCGAAAUCCUGGUCACCAGAUAACCAAUCGAAAGAGGCAGAAAAAUCCCCGGUUUCGAUCUCUUUGGAAGAUCUCAGUCAAAAAUCGACUUCCAAAGAGAGCAUCAAGGAGAAAAAGACUCAAAGACACGUUUUAAUGCCGUGCGAUAACGGGGAAUCGUACAGUGUGUCCCCGAAUCGAAUCGUGCAUCUCACCCACAAGGAAAUUCCAUCGGUGAAGGACCGCGUCAGUGAGCUCGAAUCGAAUAAAGAAGUGGAAAAAUCGCCCCCAAUGCCACGCGUAUUGAAAAAAGAAUGGGACCCCGGCGAUGAUGACAAAAAGACGACGUCUUCCUGUAACAGUACAAGUGAUUCCUGUGAUUCCCGGACUGAUAGUGUAGUGAACGGACAUGUGUGGACUAGCUCGACUCAAGUGAAAAACCUUACGGAAAGUGCUGUGCAAACUAGUAUUAAGGAUCCAUUUUCGAAUCAAUUGGACCGGGUUUUUGACCGCGAGGAGAAGAAACAACAAAGGAUCUCAAUCGUGGAAGUUGCAAACCCCGAAUUGAGGGAAUGUCCAUCGAGGCAAAGUUCGUGGAGUUCGUACGACAGUGCCGUAGCGCUGGGGUCGCAAAACGAGGUCGGAUUGUCGAGGCAUAGCUCGUGGGGGUCAGGAGAUACACGGUUGUUACCUUCGAGGAAUAGUUCCUGGGGUUCGUACGACAUGAAGCCGAGAGGACCCGUACAUUAUCACAAUGAAAAAGGGGAGAAGAUUCUACACGAAAGUGGCACUUCGGGAAUUUUCCCUUACGAUAAAGAGGACAUUCCUUGGCAUCCGGGAACGGUCAAAAGGACAAAACAGAAAUUGGAGGAAAAUAACAUGACAAAAUCAUCCUCAUCGGAAACCCUUUUCGAAUACGCGAACGAACAAGACAAACAACCGGUGGAAGCGAUCAAUCGGAGUUUGGUGGUGUUGUCUCCAAGUGCCAUAUCGCCGACUAUCAAAAUUCCGGGCGAUUAUAACAAAACCAAGAGUUUAUCGCGACUAUCUGUCAGCGCUCCGGAGCCGUCAUCGAUGGAUUUAGUUCCUGCAGACUGUUCUCUCUCUAAAUCGGCGUCAAACGUCACAAAUACAACCCCUGGAAUCGUCCGAAGUCUCAAGAAGGAAUUCGAAGCGAAAACUAGCACAAACCCCGAUCCGGAAACCGGAAAGAACAAAGUGACGAGUUUACCGGCGUCGCCUGUAAAUCUCCACCAAGACAAGGAGAAAGUCGACGAGAUGAACUUUAAAAAUUUGUUAGGUCUGUUCGAGAACAACAAAGAACCACAAGUGGCCAAACGCUCGAAAAGCGUGAAAGCAAUGAUUCCGCGUACUGCGCGUUACUCGUGUGUUGAAGUCGCCUCCAAGUGGAAGAGCGAUAAAAUGGCUGAGAGACCGACGCCGGUGGUGAGGACGGCGCCCCCAUGUCUUGUGGCGUCGGUGAUUGCGAGCGCUACGAAAAAACAGCAACAGUACGGAAAAAGUCAUCCUCUCGCUCGACUGCCGAUCAAACCAAGGCACAAUAAUACACUUUACAACACUAUGUAAUGCUCAAAUUACAAAAAAAUACGGCUGUGACUGCACUCUUGCGUUUGUAAUUAAGUGCUUGAAAUUUUUUCUCCCCUCGCUUGUCUCUCUUUUUCUCUGUCUCUCUGAACUGCUCUCGGAUAGUGCAAAAUAAAUUUAAGUGUUGCGCUUGAUGUAAAUAGGCUAUUUUUCGACACAAAUUGUAAAUUUAAGUUUCACUGCCAAAACCAACUGUGGACCAUUCAUAAAACAAUAAGAGCAGGAGAGGUUCCCGAUUUCGUUUCGACAUCACAAUUUUUGGCUGUCUAAAAAUCUAGUCCUUACAGCCCCCCGUGAAACCCCAAGAAAAGCUCAAGCCUCGGGCAAGUAACUCAACGGUUUUUUUUUAUUCUUACUUUUCUUUUUAGAAUAGAAAUUUAGUUAACGCUGUUCUUGCUUUGUGUGUAUUUGUGUGAUAGAUUUUUCUUUUUUGUACUAUAGCGUGUAUUAUAAAAAAAAAUAAAAUGUAUCGCUUUAAUGUCAAUAAAGAGCGAUUGUUUAAUUAAA